GAGCCGGACCGGGCCGGGCCGCGCCGCCGCAGCAGCCGCCGGGGAGCGGGGCCGGGGCCGCUCGGGGCCGGGCAGCAGGGCCGGGUUCCCGCGGAGCCCCCGGUGCGGCGGGACCGGCGGAGCGGCGCUCCCGCAGCAGCCCCAUGGCGGCGCAGGAGCCGCCGCGGCCGCCCCCGGCCGCCGCCGAGCCCGCGGAGCCGGAGCCCGGCGGGCGCUACGAGGCGGUGGUGCCGCACUGGUUCUGGUGCAAGGUCACGGACACGCGGGAGCGCUGGGUGCCGUUCAGCGCGCAGGACUCGGAGCGGCUGGAGGCGGCGCACGCCGCAGGGAGGGAGCAGGAUGACGUGGUGGUGCCGACGUCGGGGGGCAGGUACGACGUGCACCUGCGGGCGCGGCAGCGCGUGGCCGUGUACUGGGACGAGGAGGUGUCCGAAGUGCGCCGCUGCACCUGGUUUUACAAGGGGGAGAAGGACAAUAAGUUUAUUCCCUACUCGGAGUCCUUCAGCGAGGAACUGGAGGAAGCUUACAUGAUUGCCAUGACCCUGGGUGAGUGGAAGAAGAAGCUGGAGUCCCCCAACAGAGAAGUCAUUAUCCUGCACAACCCAAAGCUGAUGGUUCACUACCAUCCUGUUGCCAGCUCCGACGAUUGGGUCUCCACCCCCACGGAGCAAGGGCGGCCCCGGACUGUGAAGAGAGGAGUGGAGAACAUCGCUGUGGAGAUCCCCAACGGAGAGCCGCUCCAGAUUGACCACCUGGUGUUCGUGGUGCACGGCAUCGGCCCCGCCUGCGACAUCCGCUUCCGCAGCAUCGUGCAGUGCGUGAACGAUUUCAGGAACGUCUCCCUCAGCAUGCUGCAGGCACACUUCAAGAAGGCCCAGGAGCAGCAGCAGGUUGGCCGGGUGGAGUUCCUGCCUGUGAACUGGCACAGCUCCCUGCACUCCACGGGCGUGGACGUUGACCUGGAGCGGAUCACGCUGCCCAGCAUCAACCGCCUGCGUCACUUCAUCAACGACACCAUCCUGGACGUGUUCUUCUACAACAGCUCCACCUAUUGCCAGACCAUCGUGGACACGGUGGCCUCGGAGAUGAACCGCCUGCACCAGCUCUUCCUGCAGAGGAACCCGCAGUUCAAGGGCGGGGUGUCCAUCGCGGGGCACAGCCUGGGGUCACUCAUUUUGUUUGAUCUCCUGACGAACCAGAAGGCUGAUCCCGAGGAGGAUGAGCACUGUGCACAGGUAUGGGAGGCCACUGACCCCUCAUGGGCCUGGGGAAGAGAACACAGCAUGCACAGGAGCAAACUGGUGAGCAGAAAGCAGGAUUCCUUCUGGAUCUGUUCACAGGGGUCCAGGACAACCUCAAGCACGGGGGGUAUUGAAGAAGUAAAAGAAAUCCUGAAGAAACUGGAGCUGUCUGAGUAUUGUGAUGUUUUUGAGAAGGAGAAAAUGGACAGGCAAGCACUGUUCUUGUGCACAGAGAAAAACCUCAAAGAAAUGGGAAUUCCCUUAGGGCCAAGAAUGAAAAUACUCCAUUACAUCAGCUCCAAGGCAGAGAUAAAGGAUCAGAGCCCAGCAGCUCCCAGGCACAGUGAAGGCAGAGCUGAGCCAGGGUCCCCAUCCCAGCAUGGGGACAGCUCAGAGGAUGACAAGAACUGCCAAUACCGGGACGUUGGCUUGGGACAGGUCUCAGCAAACUACCCCCAGCUGAACUACAAGCCCACCAUCUUCUUUGCCUUUGGCUCUCCCAUUGGGAUGUUCCUCACGGUGCGAGGAGUGAAGCGGAUCGACCCAAACUACAGCCUGCCCACCUGCAAAGGCUUCUUCAACAUCUACCACCCUUUCGACCCUGUGGCGUAUCGGAUCGAGCCCAUGAUCGUCCCAGACCUGGAGUUCGAGCCGAUGCUGCUGCCCCACCACAAGGGCAGGAAGAGGAUGCACCUGGAGCUGAAGGAAGGGCUGACCCGCAUGAGCGUGGACCUGAAGAACAACCUGCUGGGGUCCCUGCGGGUGGCCUGGCAGUCCUUCACCCGCUCCCCGGUGCCCGCCCUGGAGGCAGCCAGCACCGAGGCUGAAGCAGAGGCAGAGGCUGGCACUGAGAAGCAGCCAGACACAAAGCCAGAGGAGCCCCCAGCAGCAGUGAAGGAAGAGACGCCCCUAAUCAACGUGGGGAAGCUGAACGGAGGGAACCGCAUCGACUACGUGCUGCAGGAGAAGCCAAUAGAGAGCUUCAACGAGUAUUUGUUUGCACUCCAGGGGCAUCUCUGCUAUUGGGAGUCAGAGGACACUGUUCUGCUGGUUCUGAAGGAGAUCUACCAGACACAAGGCAUCACACUGGAUCAACCUUUACCAGGAAGCCAGUGACCAUCCUGUUCUGCUCUGGCUGUCCAAUCCCACUGAGUACUCACCAGGAAAGUCCAGAUCUCUUCUCUGCCUUCCUCUCUCCUCUGCUGCUGUGUCCUGCAUGCUGUUUCCCAAGUACUUGCUGCUGCCUGGAGAUAAGGAUGGAUUUUCCUCCAUUUUGGGUAGGGAUAGGGGGAAAAACUGUCAAGGGAAAAACACUUUUGCUCAAACACACAAACACCUGUACAGUGACUCCCUGUGGCAACGUGUCCUUGUAACCCUCCACCCUGUGAGGCCCCACACCAGCUCCUCCAGCACUGCAGCAGACGAGCUGCCCGGGCCCAGAACCCACUGAGGUCCUGCCCUGCGCCUGGCUCAGGGAGGACACUCACAGCCCAGGACCCUGAGGAGAAAAAGCCUUAAACACACGGUGUGGAAGGAGCUGCAGCAGCCUUGGAGCAAGGCAGAUGGCUGACUGCUAACACAACACCCACACCAGCACUGCAGGCCCAGGAGGCGAAGCCCAGGGCACAGGCUGCUGCUGCUGAGCCAGGGCUGUCCAGCAGCCACCCUCGUGUCCCUGCACUGCUGCUGCAUGUUUGUGCACCCCUGGGCCGUGCCAAGCAGGGCUGCCCCGUCAAGCACCUCGUGAGAGCGGCAUGUUCGUGCUCCUCCCUGCUGUGGUGUGUUGGUAGUGACAGCUCAGCACCCUCACCCAGCCCACGCUGGCACCCCAAGGGCCUCCCUGGGGCACUGACCCAGCUGUACCUGCUCCGAGGAAAGCUUCACCCCCAGCUCCAGCCGGCCUGGGAGCAGCAGGUGCUGCUGGCAGUGUCAGGGCAGGGAGAGCCCCCGUGCCCUGCAGGGACAGAGCCGCGCUGCCGUCCCGCGGGGCGCUCAGGUGGGGACGGACAUCUUGCACCACGCUCCAGUCCUUGUUUUUAGCUUUAAAUGUACAAAAUGCAGCCAGCAAAGGUGGAGCCCAGAUCCAGCAGGGUCUGGACACUGCAGGAAUGACACCAGCUCUGUAGGCAGCUCAGUCUGCAGCUGCCUUGAAGCUCUUUUCUGAGGGGGACAGGGCUGUGAUCCGCCCCUGGGCUGGGGCUCCAGUGCCGUGGGAGGUGUUGCUGUACAGCCUUUGCAAGAGCCAAACCACUUUCCCUCUGCUGACUUUUGCCCUGCAUGGGGUAAGGAGCCUUUUUUCCCCCCACAGCCUGCUGGUUUGUUUUUCCUCCAUUGUCUGUUAUUUGCACUAUUGGAAGGGUUUUGUUUGCAGCCUCCAUCCCUCCUCCCCUCCCAAGGAACAGAAGCUGUUCUUUACCUGACUGCAGGAACAGCCAAGCUGCUCGGUCAGCACCUGAACUGCUGCUGGCUAAGGUCUCAUGGGAGCAGGAAAAGAGACAGUCUUAACAUGGGACACUAAUGAUCAGCUUUUUAAGUUAUGCACUUUGUUAAAAAAAAAAAGAAGUUAAAUACAUUUUAAAUGUUAUUUAAUGUCUUUUCCAGUAAAAGCCAAAAUAAAUAAGUAGAUGAC